AUGUUCCGAUCUCUGUGCUACAACGUACGACUGACCGAGCUACCAGACACUUUCAUCGGCUUGAACGGUCUUCGCGUUCUAAGCAUCGUUGGGCUCAUCCUCGUCUUUGCGAGCAACGUCGUCACGCUAUCUCACGACAUUCAAGCCGUCAACCACUUCCAAAGUGGCAAAGCCUCGCCAAGCUCUGCAGCGAAUGCCACUAUCGUCGGCACAACUUCGACCGAUUACAUCCCUAACAGCACGGUCGCUGAUCAACCUCUCGGCGUCUUCUGGGCUGUUCUCAACCGCCUGUUGCUUAUCUUCCAAGUCGUCAUCCUUCUUUUGUCCGAGAUUGGCUGGCCUGCGGUCUUCUUCAACCGCUUUUUCCCCAUCCUCGGGGAAGAUUUCGGCCUAGGCGCACUCGGAAUCAUUCAAUGCCUAGUGGGAUCAGCGAUCCUCUCUCAUCAUGUGGACGACUUCAGUCUCGUGGCGGCGUUUUUCCUCUUCGCGAUCGGUUGCCUGAACAUGCUCGUCGGCCUGAUUUUCCGCCAGUCUGCCAAGUCUAAGCGUUCCAUUACGUCCUGGCGCGAACAUGCCAAGAAUGCGCUGCCUACGCACGUCGCGGGCGUUGACAUCCGCCCCGUCGCGGCUGCUGCUCCGCAUGUCGUGAACAUGUUCACCGGCAGCAGCGAGAAGUCUGCCAAACAGGACGCCCAGUCCGGUCAGGGCUUUGGAAUCAAGGGAGAGCGGGCUGCUGGUCUCAAAGGAUUCCUCAUCUCACGGCCGUUAGAAUCUCUGCCCCGUUACGCAUCGACUCGUCCUGGUGCCUCGACCUGAUCAUAUGUAAUAGUGUCUUGCAAAUUUUGAUAAUCCAGCCAAAA